AUGGAAAACAACGACUUGUACCAGGCGGCCAUUGGGUGGUAUCGGGCCUUUGAGGACUGCCCACCUGAACUCCACCUGUGUUGCCCCAAAGUCGACGACGACGAUUAUGCGACGUAUGACGAGCCAGAUGUUGUCGACGACAGCGGCGUCCCGGUUGAAGAGAAGAAGCGCCGAAUCUCCGCGUAUGAAGAGCGCUUCCAAAAUGUUUACAAUCUCAGCAUCCUGCUUGGCCUCGGGAAAGAAGUAGCAGGUCCAUGGCUCGAUGAGUGGACCCGAGCCGUGGAUUCAUUGCUCAAGAAAUGCGACACCUGUGUGCGCAAUUGGCAUCGAAACCGUGAUCCUUAUCUGAAGGCAUUGCACCUAUCUCCGGAACAAGUAACCUAUUUGCAGUCUAAGCUCGAUGAGUUCGACAGACAACGUAUAACUGAGGGCCUUCAGCGGGCCAAGGCCAUCCUCGAGCAAUAUGGGCCGAUGUCAACCGUGAAACUGGUCGACCACGAUAUGUCAGCUGUCCUUGCACUUUAUGAGGCUCUUUGCAGCUUGCCAUAUCUUGCUCGCCCCGAACACCAACCGCUCUUCGACUUCGUCUUUGAGAAUACCCAGCGCAAGAAGCCUCUGAGGAUGCAAGGCGGUAUCAUACCUUCCAUGACUUUGUUUUUGUUCGAUGAAUCUCCCGUUAGGCGGAGGUUUGCGGAAACUGCUUGGGAGAAUCGGCAGCCUGGAUCUAUUACCGCUCAGGAGUGGGAUUGGGCAAUUUCUGGUCGCUUGGCUGAUCAGAUCGUGUCACUCUCGUUCAACAGGCUUCAAACACUUCCUCCAGGCCAGAAGAUCCUUCGAUUUUGGAGUGGCUUCCUCUUCAUUCUACAUGCCUUGAGCGAGAAACAAAUCAUAAACUCGCUCCGAGCUAUGGAGGUGUCUCCAAGCAUUUAUUUCCUUGCCCUGGAGCAUCUGGGUACCAAUUCCGACGAAGCGUUGGCAAUGGUGCUCAGAGCACUCCAAGAGCUCAUGGAGAAGUCUUCUAAGGCCUUUUGGCAGGCUCUUGAACAGGUCCCCCCAAACCAACUAGUUGAAGAGAUCUUCAAGAGUGCGGCGUUUCGGCCUUUACUUAACAAGUCCUUAAGGCCAGAGCUGUUGGUCACGGAAGGUGACAGUCAGGUCCCAGCUCUUGCUGCUUGGAUGAGGGCCCUGGUUCGAUCCUUACCGUCUACGAGUUGGUCCGACCUCUGUGAAACCUCCUUGCGGCAUCUUUUCGAGACCUUUCGGUCAGACCAGGCUGUAGACCAGUCUGGUCGGGCUACUUGCACUCUUGCCGGUCUCGUCACCCUCCAGCAGUGUUUGGAUGGCUUUUUGCAACAAGACUCGAUCGACACCGGAACCGGGCUGAUCAUGGUUAAUCAACUCCUCAAUAGGGUUGUUAACUAUAGCGAGAUCAUUAUCCGCGCCGCGAGUCUGAAGCCUGGUGAUAUCUACAAUGUUGGUAUCUCCAAGGCUGCUAUGGCCAUCAUACACUCUGCCCUUGCGCUAGACGCGAAAGCGACAGAGGUUGAGUGGGCUGCUCUGAUUGCAGAGAAGCCAGUUCAAGAUGCUGUGAACCGGGAUUCGGGCGCGCUUUGGGAAACAUUCUUGGAGAUGCUCUGGGCUGGCCAGCUGGGACAUUUUGAACUUGCAAAAGCAAUGCUGAUGGCUACAUUGCGUCUCAGGAGCAUCGAGCAGUUCAUCCCCAAGCGGAAAGAACAACUCAAAAGGGAGCUGGAUAAGUUUAAUAAGAGAUACCAACAGCAAACAACAGCCAUUGGAAAGAUGCUCAACCGCUUGACCGAUUUCGAGCCAGAGGUCUUGGACAAAUUGUGUUCGGAUCCUCGGGGUCAAACCAUCCAUCCCAUCGUCUCGUCGCUAAUUCAUGGCGAAGAUGCAAUCCGUGAAGCUGGAUUUCAGCUGCUCAAAGCCAUCACAUCCGAAAGUCAGCCCUCAGACGCGGUAGGCAGGAUGCUGGAGGUUUACUUCACCCCUUUCUUAAAUGCAUUUUCCCAAGCUGUCGACAAGCUCACUGCCACGAAGGAUGCAAAUAGCCCUUGGAGUCACAUGAUCCCGAUCUUGAAGUGCAGCGACUUCGUCCUUACUGGUUUAUGUGACCCUUCAUCAGGACAGCUCCGACGUAAGGUUCUCACAACCGAGGAGCAUGCUGCCGUUAAACGUUGGUGGGAGUGCGUCUGGCAAGCCGUCGAUCAUUCGUUUCGGAUGAUGAGAAUCUGGCACAUCAAGAUCGAUAAGAAGGUCAUGGAGGACUUUUGCCGCGAUGUGAUGGAGUUGGGCAACAAGCUGCUUGCUCAGGAUGGCGUGAUGGCUUCCUCUCUCGCUCAAGAGAGCGGCGAGGACGCGAUAUCCAAGGCCAUGAGAGAAGUCCUGGACCCUCCCAGGAAGUGUUCGUACUCCCUCGCGGACAUGCUGCAGCUUCGAGACAAGUAUCUCGUCAUGGGCAUCAUCGAGACUAUCAAAAAGCUCCUCUCGAGAUUGCAAGAGAAUGAGAUGAACUUGCCUCAGAGAACUCGUGGACAUCUGGAUAGCAUGCUUAAGAAAACGAAGCAGAGGGAUGGCCGCAUGGACUACCUGACAAAGACGAACUUGACAGAUGUUCAGCGUAUUGAGCUGCUUAAGGCCCUAGGAGAGGAUGCUGUCAUCGAAGAGCAGUUUAUGGGCACGAAGCCUGGCGACAGGGAAGCUAAAGAGAAGGAACGGGCUCUGAAGCAGAGCAAGCUUGAUUUUUCCAAGGCUGGUAUCAGCUAUUCUGGGGAUAUCAACGAACACCUCGCCCAAAUCACUCCUAACUUUGAGAAGUACCAUAAGUCUUCACUUCUCGAGACUUUAAAGAAGGAAGAACCUGCCAAGCCUAAGGCGCCGGCAAAGCUCAGUCAGCAGGCCAUUCUUGCCAAUCAACAGCAAAUCAAGGAGGCUCGCGCUCGGGAAAGGGCCGAGAAGGCGAGGCGGGAUGCAGAAGCUAUCGCCAAGGCAAAGGCUCUCCGGGCUGGCAAGACGAUUCCAGGAGAGGGCUCAGGCUUGCAAUCCAUUGCCGGAGUUCGCGGAAAAGAUCACGCACCCGUGGUCAAAGAUGAAAUCAUGGUCGGCUCCUCGUCCGAAGAUGAAGGCGAUGAUGACGAUGACGACGAUGUCAUCAACAGGGCCAAGACAAAGAGCAAGAAGAUUUGGGACGAGGCAGAGCGUCGCCGGCUUGAGUUGGAAGCCGAGAAGCUCCGCGGGCCCGUUAAGAAGAUGAAAAUCCUGAGAUCGGCCAAGGACAUGCGAGCACGGUUGAUUCCUCCAAUGGAUGUCUUGCACCAAGCCAUAUUAGAGUGGGACAUCUUUCAUGAAGGGAACGACCCUCCUAAUGGGUAUCGUUGUGGUAAUGUGUCGGACACGUACCCAGAUCCAUACAGUUACAAGCAGACUUUUUUUCCUCUACUUAUCAACGAGGCUUGGCGUUCGUUUGUGACAGCCAAAGACGAGACCACGUCGAAACCCUUUGGUAUCAAGGUUCUGAGUCGUAUGACUGUGGACAAAUUCAUGGAAGUGACGGCUGCUGUCCCCGCUCAGAUUAGCAAAGAUCGGGGUCUUACUGAGGGAGACAUCGUUAUCAUCUCCAAGGGAGAGGACCCGCUGAACCAGCCGCAAGAGCUGCACUGUCUUUCUCGGAUCUGGAAGACUACCUACAAGAAAGACACCGUCGAGGUCGUCUAUCGCCUCAACGCUAAGGGUAACCAGAUCCUGCCUGCCCUUACUCCCGGCUCUGAGUUCCAAGUUGUCAAGAUCACCAACAUGACAACAAUUGAGCGCGAGUACGCUGCGCUGGAGAGUCUUCAGUAUUAUGAUCUCAUGGAUGAAAUUCUGAAGGCGCAGCCGUCGCCAAUGUUGACCUUUGGUGACGAGGCUAUCAAGGCGGUCAUGGACAAUUACCAGCUCAAUCCUGGUCAGGCGCGAGCGAUCCUGAACGCGAAGGAGAAUGAUGGGUUUACGUUGAUCCAGGGACCUCCCGGUACUGGAAAGACCAAGACCAUUGUUGCGAUGGUUGGCUGCUUGCUCACCGGCGUUUUGAAAUCAUCGAAUACUGGUGCUGUGCAGAUCAGCCGACCUGGUGCAGGGCCUACCAACGGCACCGCACCGUCCAAGAAGCUUCUCGUGUGUGCUCCCAGCAACGCCGCUGUAGACGAAUUGGUACUGCGUUUGAAGGCAGGUGUCAAGACAAUGAAUGGGACAUUUCACAAGAUUGAGGUCCUCCGUUUGGGCCGCAGCGAUGUCAUCAAUGCAGCCGUCAAGGAUGUUACUCUCGACGAGCUGGUUAAGGCCAGGAUGGAUGCGGAGCUCAGCAAGAACAGCAGUCCCAGCGAGCGGGAUCAGCUACACAAGGAAGCAGGAGAGAUCAAAGCCAAACUUGCUGAGAUCCGUCCACAGUUGGAUGCAGCUAGACUGAGCGAUGACCGAGCAUCUGCGAUGAAACUGCAGCGCGAGUUUGACGAGCUCAAGCGCCGUCAAGCUCACAUCGGCGCCAAGAUCGACGCUGACAAAGCCAGCGGCAACACUUAUGCCCGUGAGACUGAGAUCAAGCGCCGGCAGAUUCAGCAAGAGAUCUUAGAUAAGGCUCAAGUUCUUUGUGCUACCUUGAGCGGGAGCGGUCACGAAAUGUUCAAGAAUCUCAACGUCGAGUUCGAGACUGUCAUCAUCGACGAGGCUGCUCAGUGUGUGGAACUUAGCGCCCUCAUCCCACUGAAGUAUGGCUGCAACAAGUGUAUCCUUGUCGGUGACCCGAAGCAGCUCCCUCCGACAGUCCUCUCACAAUCUGCGGCCAAGUAUGGCUACGACCAGAGUUUGUUCGUCCGGAUGCAAAAGAAUCAUCCCAAGGAUGUCCAUUUGCUGGAUAUGCAGUACCGCAUGCAUCCGGAAAUCAGCAGGUUCCCCAGCAAGGAGUUCUACGAAGGACUGCUGCAAGAUGGCGCUGAUAUGGCAAGGCUCCGUUUGCAGCCGUGGCAUCAGAGCGUCCUGCUGGGCCCUUACCGCUUCUUUGAUGUGAAGGGUUCGCAAGAGCGUGGCCCCAAGAACCAGUCUCUGGUCAACGAAGAAGAGGUCAAGGUUGCUAUGCAGCUCUAUAUGCGCUUCCGCUCAGAUUAUCGGGAUAUCGACUUGACAGGCAAGAUUGGCAUCAUCACCCCGUACAAGGCCCAGCUGCAACGUCUCCGGCAGAAGUUUGUUGAGAGAUAUGGCGAGAGCAUUACAGAGCAAAUUGAGUUCAACACCACGGACGCGUUCCAGGGUCGCGAGUGUGAGAUUAUCAUCUUCUCUUGUGUCCGAGCCAGUCCAACGGGUGGUAUCGGUUUCAUGACAGAUAUCCGUCGUAUGAAUGUCGGUUUGACGCGUGCGAGGUCAUCACUGUGGAUUUUGGGUGAUUCCCGCGCACUCGUUCAGGGUGAAUUUUGGGCCAAGCUCAUCGAGGAUGCUAAACAGCGCGAUCGCUACACCAACGGCAACAUCAUGGCCCUGCUGAGCCAGCCUGGGCCCAGGGUGUCACUUGAAUCGCUUGCCAAGCAAUAUUCCGUGCCAGUUGCUCCUGUCGCUCGGUCCAAGGAGGAUGUGGAGAUGCAUGAUACUCCGCGCACCUCUGAGUCGAUCCCCCCAGCGAUGCCUUACCGUGGUUCUGGCAUCGGCGGGCUAAAUGAACGGGGCGAAGCUACUACCCCAACUACCCGGGGCGGAGAGCUUCCCAUCAUUCAAUCCACUGAUGGAUCUGCUGGGAAGAAGCGACCGCGGGAUGCCAAUGAAGAAAAUCGGCCCGCAUUCGACCCCGCCAAAGCCUCCUCAGCCUUCUGGUUCACACAAACAACCGGCAUCGGCAUCGGCAUCGAUCGAUCCUUCUGCGAUGGAAGUUUUGGGGCUGGUUCCUCCAACCCGUCCGCCUCCUCGGCCACAGCCACGCCCUCCUCCUCCGGCACCUUCUAG